AUGUAUGCAUGUGGAGCUUGCGACUCUGUUUUCCAGUCAGUUCAUGAUUGUAUACAACAUAUUAAAGCCUGCCACCCAGCCUAUGUUUUUGGACUAACAUGUAAGUUUAUCAGUUGUGGGCGAAAGUACGAUAGUAUUAAUAGCUUUAGAAAACAUCUGGAAAGCCACAAUAUUGAGUUGCAGUUGCCUCCCUUACUACCUGUUCAAAAUAAUGUAGACAAUGCUAAUAAUGGUUUAGGGGAUGAUGGUGUUGUUCUUGGUGAUAAUGUUGGUGUGAAUUUUCCUGAGCACGAGUUGUUAAACAUUACUGAUGAAGAAUUCACAGAAAAUGUUGCUAAUUCAGCUAUCAGGUUCAUUUCUAAAAUGUAUUCAAUUAACACCAUGAAUAGAAGUGACGUUGAUUUGGUUCUUAAAUACAGUAAUGAAUUUGUUCAAUGCAUUGUUUCAAAUAUCCGUUUAAGAGUCCGUCCAGACAAUAUCCUUCAAAAUGUUUUUGACAUUGCUCAUGGAGCGCUGGACGACUUACAAACUGAAACCCAGAGGUUCAAUGCCCUAGAGUCUAUGGGUGUUUUGAUUAAUCCUGUACCAUUUAAUUUUGAUUAUGUACCAGAAAUUGUGGGAAAUAUAGAACCUGUAGUGGAACAAGUGCCUCUUACUGGUCAGUUUGUUCCUAUAAGAUCUAUUUUUAAAUCUUUUUUUGAAUUAGAAGGAGUGUAUAAGACUGUUGUCGACAAUUACAAUGAUCUUGUGCGAACUGUAAAUCCUGUGAGCAAUAUAGUGCAGGGUAGCUUAUGGAAAGAAGUCAUUCUCCCAAAAUUUGGUGGAAAAGUUGUUCUUCCUAUAACGAUUAAUUAUGAUGAUACUGAGCCCGACAACUCUAUUGGAUCUCAUAGUGGUGAUCAUAAGCUCGGACCUGUUUACUUCAGCUGCCCAGUAAUUCCCCAAAAAUAUUUAGGUGCAUUAAAAAACAUGUUCCUGUCAUGCCUGUUUCUGACAAACCAUAGAAAUGUUGCGAAUGGCAAUCACAGAGCUUUUCACCUUCUUAUAGAAGAACUUUUGUUCUUAGAAAACGAAGGAAUACUUAUCAAAGUAGAUGGCGAAGAAAUUAGAUUAUAUUUUGCUUUAGUUGCCAUACUUGGUGACAAUUUAGGUUUACAUUCUAUUCUUGGUUUUGCGGAAGGCUUCACGGCAAACUAUUCUUGCCGAUUUUGUCGCAUGCAUAGGGAUGAUCUUCAAAGAAUGACGCAUGUACCAGCAAAUCUGUUGCGGACAGUAGAAAACUAUGCAGAGGACGUUCAAACAAAUAAUCUUCCUCUCACUGGUGUUUUUGAAGAAUGUGUUUUUAACCAGUUGAGCUCGUACCAUGUUAUUACAAAUCCAAGUGUUGAUAUUAUGCAUGAUAUUCUCGAAGGAACGGGAAAAUACGUCAUGGCCAAGAUUCUAACCUCUAUCGUAUAUGAUAGACAUUACAUGUCACUAGAGACUUUAAUUGAGAGGGUUGAUGAUUUUUUUUAUGGAAAGGUAGAAGCUGGUAAUAGGCUACAAGCAUACAAAUUGACAAGAGAUUCCAUUGUAGGGGGAAGUCUUAAUUUUUCUUCUUCAGAAAUGUUGUGUUUCAUUAGAUGUUUUGGGGAAAUGGUGGGGGACCUUAUCCCGGAGAAUGAUCCAGUGUGGAACCUAUUCCUCAUGUUAAGAGAUAUUAUCAGUAUUGUCUUCGCUCCGUCAUUCUCUCGUGGAACCGAAGAACUACUACAAGUUUUGGUUCAGGAUCAUAACAAUACCUAUCAGGAAUUGUUCCGGGCUGAUUUUCAACCAAAAUUUCACUUUAUGUUACACUAUGCCCAUUUAAUGACUGUCGUAGGCCCACUGCUGCACCUUUCCAGCAUGCGGUGGGAAAGUAAGCAUAGGGAACUCAAGCAAGUGGCCCGUGCAACAAACUCACGAAUAAACUUGCCAUAUACUGUGAUUAUGAAAUGCAUGUUAAGAUUGGCCUAUCGAUUUUUGUCAGGUGAUGGGCUUAGAGUUGAGUUCAGUGUUGGAAGUACCUCACCAGUACCUCGAAGAAUUAUUGACCCAGAAGGAAUUUUGCAUCACUUUGUUGAUGCUAAUGAGGAAAUUUACAAUGUCGCUAAGUGGAUUACCGUGUGUGGUGUCUACUUUACAGCAGGUCUUGCUGUUCAUACAGCGUACACUAAUGGUUACCCAUGUUUUGCUAAAAUUGAAAAAAUUGUCUAUGAAGGUAUUGAAGUUGGCUCCUUAAAGCCAAAAAUAUUUUUUGUUUGUAAAGAGCUUGUGACUAAUUUCUUUGUUCGCCAUGUUUAUGCAUUUGAUGUUACUGAGUCUAGAGACCCUUUCUUUGCUCUUCGGUAUGAAGAUCUGGUCAGCCCCCAUCCCUUUGUAAUACGGCCAAAUAGAAAUGGACGGACAUAUGUAUCCACUCGAUACGAUUUGUAA